UUGUAGAUGCCGAUUGUUCAACAUAUCCAAAUGUAACAGACGCAAAUUUUGAUAAAGAUUGCAAUGGAAAUGUAGUCAUUACAUGUCAAAAGAAUGUGUUGAGGAAGAAUGGAGAUAUCAAAACCCAAUAUGUAAACGCACAGAAUGUAGUUACAAGUAUUUGAAUAAAACAUGUUUAGCAUCGAGUUACACUGACUAUUAUGAUCACACGAAUACUGAUGAAGAUGACCAAUGUGAUGAAGAGUGUAAAUCUAAUACUCGGUGGUGUACCGCUUCAAUAUUUUAUGCAGGCGAUAAUUGUAAUCUUUACAAAGCUCCGAUCAUCUUUGGGUCAUAUGAUCUAGAUCUAAAUCAAUGUAUUGAAAAGUGUAAGGAAAGGAGUGACUGUGUAACAUUGAGCUUAUGGACAGAAUAUGGCAAUGAAUGCUUUUUAUUUAACGUUACCCUGGCUGAACUACCUGAUGGUUCGACAACUGAAAAUAACGCAUGUACCAUAGUAGAAAAAAUAUGUUAAUUAAAACAUGUUAAAUC